AUGUCCCGGAGGACGCUGGGCGGAGGUCGUAUCUUGGGCUCCGCGAACACUCGUACUACAGCAACAUUAUCAUCCCCCCAAAUACGACCGAAUAACAUCCUGUCACCCUCCGCCAGUACCCUAUCCCUCAAUUCCCAGGCUUCAGCGUCGCAGCUUUCAUCCGAGACCCAGGACUUGACUUCCCGCAUCUCACUGGAUAAUGGGAGCGCCCCGUUACCUGCGGCUCCGGCUGCGACCGGGGCUCAGCUAUCCUGCCCGAUUUGCAGCGAAGAGAUGGUCACAUUGCUGCAGCUAAACAGACACCUCGACGACGUUCAUCAUAACCUAGAGGACGACCGACAAGAUGAAGUUAAGGAUUGGUUCAAGACGCAGAUGGAGAAGGCGAAGCGCUUUCAGCCGUUGGCUGUGUUGAACCAGAAGCUCAAGGGGCUGGACGUAUUCGAAUCGAAUGAGAACCACCAAGCUCUGACAGGCGCAAGUCGGCCAUCCGGUCUUUCGCAGAAUCACCAAUCUCAGAGCUUCCUGCAUGAAGCGCAACCCAGGCCACCCGACCCGGAGGAGAUCAUAACGAAGGAGCAUUGGCAACCUCGUGGAUUCUACGAUACUUGUCUCGAGCCGUCGUGUGGGCAGCGGCUUAACGCUACAAAUGGCUGUGUGAACUGCCGGAAAUGCGGAAAGCUAUUUUGCGAGGAGCAUACGAUGUAUCAAAUGAAGCUUUCUAGAUCUGCGCAACAUGAGCCAGUGCGGGGUUUGUGGUAUAGAGUCUGCGAGACUUGCUAUAAAUCGCGGGAGGGGUAUAAUGAUCAUAACGGUCUGGUCAGAGAUCGCAUGGACGAGUUCAAAGCCAUAAGGAAGCCUAUUGUGGACAAGUCUUUGCUGGAAGUAUCUCGGUUAGAGAAGCGUCUGACGAGGCUCACGCAGCUAUUAGCUAGCCUUUCACCAGAGCAGCUUCAGUCGAAUAAGCUCUGGCCUAUUCCAUUCCAGCAUGAUGAGCGCAAGGCUCUCGAGCAGACGGUUGUUAGCUGGCAGGAUGAUACUAGCGUGACAAGGUGUCCAUUCUGCCAACAGGAUUUCUCUAGUUAUACCUUUCGAAGGCAUCACUGCCGCACUUGCGGGCGAGUCGUUUGCGGUGAUGUCUUGACGGGAUGUUCUGUUGAAGUUCCGCUAAGCGUAACACCAUUGUCGAAAGCCUAUUUAGAAAAAUCAGUCAACGUUGGUUCCCUGAACAUCGACAUCAGGCUCUGCAAAGAGUGCAAGUCAACGCUAUUUGACAGAAGUGAUUUCGAGGCUGACGUUGCGCGAAAACCUGCGGACGUUAGGGCAUAUGAGAAUCUUCGACAAUUCGAAAGAGGGAUUCGACUGCUUAUGCCUAAAUUUCAGAAACUCCUCACCACUUUACAAAACCCCAGGCGUCCGCCCUCAGCCGCUCAAUUAGCGGAAGCGUCAAAAGUCCGCAAACGAUUGACCGAUUCUUUCACACAGUAUGAUACAGCUGCUAGGCGGAUCCGCGACCUACCGACGAAUUCUACCACUCAGCAGCGUCUUCAGAAAGCUAUUUACCAACAAGCUACCAACUUCCUCCAUCUUCACAUGCUGCCCUUAAAGACCUUGCCUAAAAUCUUGAAACACGCCACCCCGGACGGCAGUCAGCCAAGUUCCUCAAGCUCUCCUGAUAGUCCGGGCGGCGCAUCAGUGGAAGGUCAUCGCCGACAAAACUCUGCUCUGGCUGCAGUCAAGAGCGGUAAAGUCGCUGCCAGCAUUAGCAAUAGCAGCAUAGCCAGCGAAGCCAGUAGCGCUGUGUCCGCGCUGGAAGCGGAGGAAAAGGCCCUGCGGGAACGACUGAUCGUACUGGAGGAGCAAAAGUUCUUCGUUUCCGAGAUGAUUGCAGACGCGAAUCGACGACGUAAGUUCGACGAGGUCAGCAGUCUCGCAAUGAACAUUGAGGAUCUCUCUAGGGAGAUCGAUCGCGUCAAUGGCUUGCUGGACGGUCUGGACUUUGAAGGUGCCUAUAUGGGCAACCACACAUAACACCCCUCCAUAUUCACAUCCUUUUCUCUUCGUUCAUUUCCCCUGAUCCCAACAAUGCGCAGUUGGCUUAACUCCCCUAUGUGCUUAUAUACUUUGUUUUGUCCUCUUGGCUUGUUGCGGUGUGGCAUGGCGUUUGGGUUCUAGCAUAGCGCUGGGCGUUUUGUGUAAGGGGCUGUUGGCAGCUCGGUGUCCGUCAUCAUGGAGGGUUCUUUACCGAGCUUCAUACUCUAGAAUGAAUCAUGAAGUUUCUCUCUGUA